GAAUACGAGGAGAGAAAAAAAGCUGCUGCACGCCGUUCACUCAGAUUUCCUCACACACACACACACACACACACACACGGACACAGAGUGCCGACAUGGCUCAAGCUAAAAUCAGCGCUAGAAUGAACACAGACGCUACAAAAGGGAAGUUCAGUAGAUCCAUGUCAAUGGCAGAUCGCUCCACACGCUUACUGGAGAAUCUGGAUGAAAUUGAAAUGAGGGUGGAAGCACUAAGGGAAGCAGCCACAGGAAUGGAACAAGAAAGGGAGUGGUUAAUCGAAACGAUCCAGUCCAUUCAGAACAGCCAGGAAAUGCGAACCAUUUGUGAUGGAGAACGAGAAGAACUCACGCUGACUGCUAGCAGACUCAUGAACCGGACACUGACGGUGACCGUCUCAGUAGACACCAUCCGGAACACACAGCAGGAAGGCGCUCUGAGAGCAGCUAGAGCAAUCAUUGACGAGGUCGCUGCUAAAGUGCUCAACGACAUGGAAGCUGCGAGGAAGAAGCUACAGGCGCUUCAUGCUUCCUGCCUAACUGAGGCAGCGCAUGUUCCCAUUGACCAGAAAUUCCAGAGCAUUGUGAUCAGCUGCGCACUAGAAGACCAGAAGAAAAUCAAGCGGCGACUCGAGACACUCAUACGGAACAUGGACAACGCGGAGAAAACCAUUAAGAUCAUGGAUAACCAGAAGGUGGAGGAGUCCAAAUGUGCCAAUGGCAAAUGAUGACAUGGGGUUUAGACAACUCCAUGUCCCACUAAUCACUGGGAUCUGCUCAACUUUUAAUUUCUCACAAUGUUUGGAAGUAAUGGGCUACACUUUUACUUUCAUACCAACAUUUUGGUCAUCUUUUCAUUUGAGUAACAUCUUCACAUAUCAGUAACAGAAACACACCUAAUCUUGUAUUUGAUGCGUUGUACCAGGGGCAACUCAAUUAAAAGGUUUGAGCUAGAGACUUUUAGUAGCAAGUUAUGGCAAUAUAUCACAUCCUGAAAACGGAUAUGUUGUAGUGUUACAAUUGUUUCUAUAUUAACUGUCUUCUAGUACCAAAACCCAAUUAAUGAGUGCUGAAACCUGUGAGAUUAACAAGAAAAUACUGUUUAAAUGUCCUGUGUACAUCUGUAGUUGAGACCAAUUAUGAACUUUUCAGUAUUAUCCAGGAAAGAAAGCAUUUGAAAUCAAAACCAAACCAAACACCAGCCAUAGGCCACGCCCACUUAACGUUUUAAUCCGAAUACAGCUCCAGAUAUACGUUAUAUUCUAUUGCACCCCUAACGUAUAAGAUGUAUUUUAAAUUGCCCAAGGUAUGCACACCAGGGUUUAAAUUAGACCUCGUCUGCCAACCUGUGUGGAAUUCUUCAUAAAGCUGUUAAGGUUGUCACAUGGUCUAGAACGACGCUAGUCACAGUAGGGAAGGAGCAAAGCGUUCAGCGUUCGAGAAGAUUUUGUGAAUGGAAAUGGGAUCGUGUUUAAGUGCUAAGUGCUGUAGACUGGCCACUGAUCAAACACUCCAAAGUGUUACUAGUGCAACACGAUGUAAUAUCUCAGCAUUUACCUUCAAACUAUUACAAUUUCAGCUUAACGAUCCUGCAAAAUUUAAGUCCACGUGCAGAGAAAGUUUUAUUUUCCAUAAUCAUCCCCCCCAUGCUGUUUUUGGAAGUCAUUGAAAAUAAUUACUGGACACAGUAUAACAAUGGGGUUCACAUCAUGAAUAUAGCUUAGACAGGUCUAUACAAUACAGAAAAAAUAGUUUGCAAUAUAUAAAAUGUUAAAUAGAGACGGACCAUUAAAAUAGAUUCUUUAUUUGUAAAAUGACUACCAUCUACCAGAGCAAAGACGUAAAUGUACAAAGUGACACCAGAUAAGACACGUUCAAGCGGAACGGGAAAAAAAGUUAACACAGAAAAGUGUUUUUCGUUUUGUUUUUUAAAAUAACAUCUCUGUGAAAUAAUUAUAGAACAGUGAAUGCAGGAAUGCUUGCGUUUACUAACGAUUGCUUGAACUGUCAUGUUUACAUUUAAUAUAAAGGCAUCGUAACCGAAAGCGAAAAACACGGAACCACUAUGAGCAGUCGUAACAGAUGGAAUAUUUUAAUAUACUCGAUAAUUUCAUGAACUGUAUUCUCGAGGUUGUGCUCUGUAAUAAAGUGACCUUUUAUUUUUUUCUUUCGACAAAUAAAGUGCCUGGAAUCCAUC